GAGGCGCGCACGUACAGGAGCACAGCAACAGCAGCUUGCCCACAAACUCCUGACUAUUCUCUUUUUCCAAGUUCCAGUGUUUUUCCCAGCAUUGCUCCAGGAAGACUGUCAUCAUGGGAGUCAGAGGACUAAUGACUUAUGUUGAGGGAAACCAUGAAUUUCUCAAAGACUGCAAUUUUGAGCGUAGUAAGUUAAUCAUUGAUGGAGACAAUCUGUGCUUUACUCUUUAUAGAGAUUUUGACAUCAAACAUGGCGGGGAUUACUAUGCAUUAGAGAUUCAGAUCGAGAAGUUUUUUCAUGCUUUGAGAAGCUGCAACAUAGAGCCUUAUGUAAUACUCGAUGGGGGAAGCGACCACACAGACAAAAAACUGGAGACCCUGAAGCAACGAGCUCAAGAUAGGAUAAAAGAUGGCAGGGACAUAUCUUUGGGCGCCAGACCGAGUGGCAGCAUUAAGCCAAUACUCCUGAGGAGCGUUUUCAACGAGGUCCUCACUCGUCUGCAGGUGCCAUUUAUGCAGUGCAUGGAAGAGGCCGACUGGGAAACCGCUGCUCUGGCCAAUGAGUGGAACUGCCCCGUCCUGUCUCAUGACAGCGACUUCUUCAUCUUUCCUCUGAAAGCUGGCUUUUUACCAUUCUCACACUUUCAGUGGCAGAGAGGUGCCAGCCAGAAGUCCAUCCCAGCCAAAAAAUUCCUCAUCUCAAACUUCUGUAAACCUUUCAGCAACAUGAAGGUAGAGCUCGUGCCUGUUCUCGCCGCCAUAGCAGGAAACGACUAUAUUGACCCAGAUAUGAUGAGAGUGUCAUUCAGGUGGGAGGGGUUCUCUCGCAAUGCGCGAGCCCGUGGUGCCCGCAUAGAUGGUAUCCUCAGGUGGUUGUCUAGGUUCCAAAGUCCAACGGAUGCCAUCAACGCUCUGCUCAACUCGCUUCAAGAUCAGCGGGCCAUAGAUACAGUUGAGGCGGCUCUUGACCUAUGCCUGAGAGAAUACCAGCUGUCAAAGAGCAACAUUGCCCAGUUCUUCCAGAGCGGUCUUGCACCCAGCAAGCUGCCGCAGGAGCUGGAGAUUAUCCCCACCUGGAUGCGGGUGCCAAUGUCAGAUGGGCGGUUGAGUGACAUGUUUAUUGAUGCUUUGGUUCUGCAGAGAGUUCGAUUAACCUCUCAGAUUGAGAACUUUGACCUGCCCAGCAGCCACGGGAUCUCCAGGCCUAUUCGGCAGGUGAUGUACGGCCUCCUAUUGGCUGGACAGAAGCAGAGAGCUGACAGGAGGCCUCCAGUGGCCCGGUUGACACCUGGAGAUUGCUAUGUGGAAGAGUACGACAGGGAGGGCUUGACCCUGACAAGUGUCUGGGUGAAGGCUGCUUGUCCUGUUAGCGGAAAGAAUCUACGCUUGGAGACCCUGGACCAGGCACCAAAGGAGACACGACUGCAAGUGCUGCGUGAUGCGCUUGGCAUGACCAAACCCAUUCCGAACUCCAUCGCCGCCAAGUUCCACCUAGCAGUGUACAUAACGUGCUAUUGGCUGAGCAGGGCUGAUCCCCAGCCGCGCAUGGAGCACCUGUGGGCUCUACUGCUGGGCUUUGUGUUCGGAGAGCUGUCUGGCAGAGACAAGGGCAAGGAAGCAGGCCUAGAUCAGCUCAACACCCUGCGGACCUCCUGUACGGCAGGACGUCCUGACCCAGAGGCGGCGCACGCGUACAGCCAAUGGCAAAGCUGCCUCUACAUCACUUAUAAACUGAACCGCCUGCUGUGCUUGGCCCUGCCUGAACCAGAGAAGGCUCGGCUGUACAGCGGUCCGCUGGUGCACCAGGCUGCUCUGAAGCUGAGGAGGGGCAUGACUCCCGAGUCGCUCCUCAGCGCCGGUCCAGUUCCUCUGCAGCUCUUCCGAGACCUGCAGGACGCCGUGUUGGACUGCCUGGAGCCCGAUGUCCGAGACAGGCUGCAGAAAGCCUCACGACAAAACAGCCAGAGGGGCCGGACGUCUGACGGCAGCGUAGAUGAUCUGGCUUCGCGCUUUCAACACUUUGAUGUGUAUGAGUGAGCUGGGCUUGAGGAAACUGACUGCAACAGGCCUUAUUGUUAUUUUCCACAUCUGUAUCCACAUCACAUUCCACUCUACUAUAGGCCUACUCGUCUUGCCUAAUGACUGCUUUUGCAUGGCCCUUUACUAAAAUGACAUUUUACCAUAGUCUGUAUAUGCUCAUCACGAAAUUUCUUUGUGGAUUGUGUUUGGUCUUUCACGAAGAGAAUCAGACAUUUAUUUAACUGUGCAUUAUAUACUGCAGGGCUAUUCAAAUGGCGGCCCUGGGGUUCCGUAUAAUUCUGUAUCAAGCUAAAACGGGACACGGGACGUUAAAAUGCAGGAAAUUACAUCUAAGAAAUGCAAAACUUUCUGGGGGAGGACCCCCAGACCCCCACCUCAAUGAAGUGUCGCAUAUUUUGUUUCAUUGACAGUCGGCAACCAUAAUGCAUACGUAAAUUUCGGCCCCUUUACUUAGAGGAAUUUGAAAAACUGGCCCUCGUUGACAUUUAAUUCAAUAGCCCUAUUAUACUGUAUUGUAGACUGGUGAUUCAACCUUUAAGUGGAAUAAGGUGUUUUCAUAACUUCGUGUGGGUCUAUCCUUCAAGAUAGACAAGAAAUGCAUUAAUUACCACAGCAUUUUUAUAUUGAAUUAUAUUGUAUGGGUCCAACUGUGAUUGUGUGUAGUAGGGAAAUAGUACAGGUAACUGAGAUUAGCUCAAGAUGUCUGUGGUUAAGGAGAUCCCACAGUUAGAACCCUUCUGCAGGCGAAGGCUAACCACCCUUUGCUGCCCCACUCAGGCAAAGCGUAGGCCCUAUAGGUUAAGGUGCGAAACGCUGGUGAACCUGAUAUUAGGCACCUGCUGACGAUGCAGAAGAGUUCUCAACAUCCUAUCACUGACUAUGCGGACACUGUGUACAUUAACACAACAGAAUCACAUCUUACAUUUCUUAAUGUUGUCUAUAAUGCAGAUUUGUCUUGAGGUGUCCAUUCUUGACACAUCACUGUAAAUGAAUGAAAGGAAAUGAAUGUUUUAUCACCAUGGGCCAGACGACGGUUUCACUGGUUUUAGUUCAUUUAUAAAUGUCUCUUUUUCAAUUAUCCCCUUUAUUUAAAUCACUACUUAAUCCCUCAUAGUUCAUCGUAUGCCUUAAGACAUGAUUUUCCGUGCCAAGAAUAUCAAAAGAGAUUGGACGGCGUGCUUUUAAGUUUAAUACCCCUUCUGAUUGGAACAGCCUAGCCUGUUCUUUAAAGUCCAUAUCAUCUUUUCCUUCUUUUAAAGGGACACUGUGUGAGAUUUUUAGUUGUUUAUUUGCAGAAUUCAUGCUGCCCAUUCACUAAUGUUACCUUUUUCAUAAAUACCUACCACCAGCAUCAAAUUCUAAGUAUUCAUUAUGACUGGAAAAAUUGCACUUUUCAUACAUGAAAAGGGGGAUCUUCUCCAUGGUCCGCCAUUUUGAAUUUCCAAAAAUAGCCAUUUUUAGCUGCAAAAAUGACUGUACUUGCGACCAUACUAGAAAAUAUUUGUUUAAUACUUAGUAAACUUUCAUGUAAAGAUCAAAGUUGGCAAUAGGCAGCCCAAUUUCAAUAAGCAGCAUAGUUGCAGCCCCUUUUUUGACCAUUUCCUGCACAGUGCCCCUUUAAAGUAUCCCUUUUGAACUACUUUCAAUCAUGUGACCAAUGUAGAUGUUUUCAGCAGUGUGAUUUAUGAUGUAUGAUUUUCACCUUUUUCUUCAUAUUCUCCAUAGUGUUAUUCAUUUUCCCCAUGUCUAUGUGUAUAUGGAUGGAGAUACUUAUACAAAUGUAUGGACUAACAUGUCUCUGCACAUACGGUUAAGUUGGUUUAUAUUCUGGUUCUACGCAUACACAUGUAUGAACAUAUUGACAUGUAACCUAUGUUUGUUUGUUUCUUCUUGUUCUGUCCUGCAAUAUGUAUAAUUUGUUUUUCAUCCAUGGAAUUAAAUAGUACAUCUCUUUUUGGCAAGACAUAGGAAAUGUGUGGUUGGUGCUAGUGAGGAAUAGGUUCAGCGUGUGGAUAUAUGUACUGUAUAUGUUAUGUCUGUAUUUUGAGGACCAUCUCGAAAACGAGAUGCUCAUUUCAAGAGGCUAUCCUUUAAUAAAGAAUUUGGAUUUGAAUAUGGCUUUUGCAGACCAUCCUCGUCAAGGACCAACAGCAUAGAAUCUUGUAACUCUCCAGCAACACACUUCUAGUAGCCCAAGCAGUUCUUGCUUGUUGAAAAAGCAUCGCUGAUAUUUAUCUCACUGUAAAUGCCAGCCACAUCCAUGAGCCUAUCCAGGUUUCGCUUUUGUGCCAAGCCACAAGGCGCUAUGUAUUUGUUUUACUCUUUACUGUGUUUGCAUGUGUUAAAUACAGGGACUUACAACACCCGUUCCCUUCUGUUUUUGGAUGAUUUUGUAUUUGGAUCCAACUUAGGGUUUGUGGCCUUGGUGUUGGCAAAGAAUGUAAUGUAAAAAGGUUUUAUCAUUUGAGGGUUUAUUAAAAAAAAUGAAUAUACAAGUUUAUUUUCAAUUAGCCACACAGAGAACUAUUUUCACAUGUGCAAAACACAAUGAAAAAUAAAUAAAAGAUUUUUAAAAAAAA